UGAGAGUGUGUUUGAAUGAGUGUGUGUUCUGACAGCAGCUGGCAGGGGUGACAUUCACCAGUUUCACUCGUUUGGAAUAAAUGAAAAGCUUAAAAAUCCGGAUAUUUACAUGAACCAGCAAUGCCCUGUGUACAAACUCAGUAUGCAUCCCUGCCGCAUGACAACUACUUCAGCUUUGAGUUCUUGAAUCCUGACCUCAGUGCAAAACUGGUGAUGGACAUCAGUGGCCAAAAUGACCAGCUGUCUACAUCUUCGUUGCCCGGCAUCAACACCUUGGUGGGAAAUGGCUAUGUGGGGGAGUUUGAUGCUUAUUCCUGCAAGAUUACCACCUCCCCUCCCACCUCUACGGUUUCAUUCAGCCACGCCGCGGUAGCUGAAAGCUCCUGCCCUCAGAUGCAAAGCCAAGCCUUCAAGCUGGAUGAUCUUCAGGUGUAUGGCUGUUACCCAGGUUCCUUUGCGCUGAGCUGCCUUGAUGAAACACUAUCGUCAGGUGGCUCUGACUACUAUGGCAGCCCGGUUUAUGCCGCUGCUUCCCCUCCAACAUCAGGCUUUCAGGCCCAGUCUGCACCUGUGUGGGAUUCCCCUUUCAGCCCCUACCCCUCAGCGCCCCCGUCCUCUAUGGCGGAUAAGGGUGCCAUGGCCCAGCAGCUCUCCUUUUUCUCCUUCAGCAGCCCCGCACCAGAGCAGCACUCUCCCCUGGGGCACCAUCAGGAUGCUCAGCCAAGCCAUGAUGACCAUUACUUUCUGCCUACUCAGCAGCAUGUCUCUCCACUUCAUUGUCCUCCAAUGUCCCUGGAGCACGGACCCCUGGAAAGCCCCAGGAUAGUGGAGGGGGCCAUGAUGUCUCCUAAAACCCACAACUCAGGAUCCAGUGAGGGCCGCUGUGCAGUUUGUGGUGACAAUGCAUCCUGUCAGCACUAUGGAGUCCGCACCUGUGAGGGCUGCAAAGGUUUCUUCAAGCGAACUGUACAGAAAAAUGCAAAGUAUGUGUGCCUCGCCAAUAAAGACUGUCCUGUGGACAAGAGGAGGAGAAACCGCUGCCAGUUCUGCCGUUUCCAGAAAUGUCUCGUCGUGGGAAUGGUCAAAGAAGUUGUUCGCACGGACAGCCUCAAAGGUCGCCGGGGUCGUCUGCCCUCCAAACCCAAGACUGUGGCCGAGGCUUCAUCCACAACCCCCAGUGUCAACAUCAUAGCCUCUCUUGUCAGGGCUCAUCUGGACUCAAACCCAACCAUUGGAAAGCUCGACUACUCCAAGUACCAGGAGACUGUGGUGAACCUGAAAGAUAAGGAGGAAGCCAGUGAUAUCCAGCAGUUUUAUGACUUGCUGACCGGUGCUUUGGAUGUAAUAAGAAUCUGGGCUGAAACCAUCCCAGGAUUCACAGAUUUCUGCACAGAGGACCAGGAGCUUCUCCUUGAAUCAGCUUUUGUUGAACUCUUCAUUCUGCGACUCGCAUACAGGUCAAAUCCAGAGAAGAACAAGCUGAUCUUCUGUAACGGUUUGGUCCUCCACCGACUGCAGUGCGUUCACAGUUUUGGUGACUGGAUUGACUCCAUCAUGGAUUUCUCCCAGAGCCUUCACCGCAUGAACUUAGAUCUCUCCUUGUUUGCCUGUCUUGCAGCGUUAGUUAUCAUCACCGAUCGCCAUGGCCUCAAAGAGCCCAAACGGGUCGAGGACUUUCAGAGUCAUCUCAUCACUUGUUUAAGGGAACAUGUGAGCGGAAACGGCUCUGAACCGAGCCGGCCCAACUAUCUUUCUCGUCUUCUGGGCAAACUCCCCGAACUGAGGACUCUGUGCACACAGGGCCUACAGCGCAUCUUCUACCUGAAACUAGAGGACCUGGUCCCUCCUCCACCAAUAGUGGAAAAAAUCUUUAUGGAUACUUUGCCGUUCUAAAAAAACAUGAACACAAAUGUGUUAUUUGUAAAGAUGAUAGACUCAAAGCACCUAAUGUGAAGUUUUAUCAUUGAACUCUACUGGUGAACCUCCUUCUCACACUGACUUGUGUGCUGACGAAUGUCUGACAUUGUUCAAGAGACCAUUAUUUUUCUAACAUUAAGUUUUAAAAAGGAGUAUGGUACAUGUGCGAGUACCGCAUCAAGAUUUAUUUCAGUUCAAUGAAACUGUAAAAGACGGAACUCAGUUCAGGACACUGUUUAUACAUAUUUUUGUGUGCAUUUGUAAACUGACUUUAUUGCUGUGCUGGAUGUGUGAAUGUUGUCCUGCUAUGCAGCUAGUAAGCCAUGGAUAUUUGGGUAGAUGCAAUGCAGUAUUACAUACUCAGCUUUUCCUAAAAUCAAAAGAACCACACUAAUCUCUUAAAAAAACAGUGUUUAAAGUUGCUUUUUGAUCCCACUAAGAAGCUGAGAUAGUAGACUAUUUAGUAGAAAAAUGCAGGCAGAAUCUCACAUCCUGUUUCUUUAAAGAACUGUGGAGUCCUUAUUUUCAAAAGGGAAAUAUUUACUAAUUUCUUUGUAUCACAAAAGAUAGUUUUAAUCCCAAUUGUGCUCCUGUGGAAGGUCUCGGACCAAAGUUUACUCCUAUUUUGAUACUACCACUCAAAAACCUUAUUGCCUUAAGCUAAGCAAAAUGUUCUGCCAUAACCCCAUGCUGCAAUUUUGCAACAACUUGUAAAGUCUGAUGUUGGCAGAGUUACCGUUGAACUGCAUGUCCCUGUAACAACACACUUUGUGGGCUUUUAAGAACACAAAUUGACUAAAUUCAAAGUGCCUUUUAUCAAGCCUCACUCCUUCAACCAUAAUAAGUGACACUAAGUGAAUUUUCAUUCCAAAUAUCACAUACAGUGAGAUCCACAUGUGAAAUAAUCAAUUUCAGUGACACCAUCAACAUUUAUUCCAUAUUUUAAUAUGAUUUCCAGUCAGUGCCAGAUUCUGAUAUGAAGUGCCUGAGGCAUGUGAUUUUUAAUACAAUUUAAAAAAGAGCGUACCAUACUUGAACUCACAACCUGUACUGCUAAACUGGGAAGACAUCAAGGGCCGACAGGUGGUUUAGGAUCAACAAGUACUAAAUCCUGUUCACAUGUUCCUGUGGCAGGGAAAUUCAUAACUGCAACAGAGCCAUUUUAAGAUUAAGUUAAGUCAAAGCACAUUUUACAGUCUCCCUGUAUCCACAAUCAGCUAUACAUACUCUUUAUAAAAUUAGUUUUUACCCAACAUCGCUUGAAAAUCCACACGCAUAAGCACACAUUUCAUGUUUGAUAUCAACUGGUUUCUUGUCUUUGGCUGCAAAUACAUCACACUGCAUGUGUUCGUGAAGCUCUCCUACCGUCUUCCACAUUCUUCUCAGCUGUGCAGUUUUUGUAUGUUGGAUUUUCUUUUGCAUUUUCAUCUCCAAAUAUCUUAAGGAAUCAAAAAUGUGAUGAGAAGAUGAGCAGCUAAGAGCACUUACCCAAACAGUGUUCAAACAAUAUGAAGAACACUUCUUUCUUCUACUGUAUGUGUUUUGUUUGGGACAUGUGUGUGUGUGUGUGUGUGGACUUUGAAAAAUACUGCCAGGGCUUUUGUAAAAUGGUGCAGAAGUGUUAAAAGACAGAGAAUAUUUGAUAUUAAAAAAAAUUUAAAA